CAGUCCCACUUAAAUUGCUACAGUAGCAUGGAAGUCACGCGCACACGAGGAAUGCGAAGAGCUUCAGAAUUUGAUAUUUAUUGCUUAGCUAGCUGCGGAAUUCGUAGAGUCCACAGUCUCAUUUCUUUGAAGCCAAAAGGGACAGAAAGGGAAGCAAGAACAAUGGAAGAGAUAACGGUGAAUGGAAAAAGAUCAGGCCUUCUAUGGAUAAAGGAGGAGACUCCAACCAGAACCAUAGUCUGUUUUAGAAAAGAGGACAUGAAACGUUUCGAGGAAACUGAGGAUUGUUUCAUCUUAGAUUUCGACCCAUAUGACUCAUUCGACUUCUCCGUGCUUUCCUUGGACGACAAAAAUAACCACCAAGGUGAUGCCUCUAAAGAUGUCUACAUUGUUGGUGAAAACGGUAAGGUAGCUUGCAGGGAUUACCCUCAUCCAAGACAUCUGUGUAUUAAAUUUCCGUUUACCGCAACACCUCACGAUAGCUAUUGUGAACUGUGUUACUGUCGUGUAUGUGGCAUACGUGCUCCUUGUAAGCAUUGGACCCGAUCAACGUCUCCACACUGUGAUGAAGUCUAUCAUAGGGAUAUUUUUGCAGAUUUGUUUGAAGUUUUAUGAUGAUGUGUGCCUGGGGAAUGGGGUGCUUUAUCAGCUUCAAAUUUUGCUUUCUGUGUGUUCAGAAUCCCCUUAUGUAAUUCUGCAGAUUUCGCAUCCCUUCAACUUCAUGUUUUUAUGAAUGGCUAUUAAAAAGAAUGUUUAGAAG